CCUCCCGUUGGCGCUGCUCGCUGCUUUCAAAUCACGGCCGUUGAAUAAUCAAACAGUGCUGCAUGCGUUGCGUUUUACUCAUCUCGAUCACGACAUCGGGUGCGUAUAAAUAGGUGCUGCCAGGCGGAGGUGCUUCCUGCUUGCACUGCAUUGCAACCCCACGCAAUUGCUUUUCUCUGCACCAAGCAACCUCAACUACCUACACUUACAGACACCAACACACAUUCGACCCCUACCGAGAGAACCAGCACACAGCACACAGCCAAGCAAGCAAAACAUGUCGCAGCACAUCCUCCUCCUCGGCGGGCAUGGCAAGGUCGCGCAGCUGCUGACGCCGCUGCUGCUGGGCCGCUCGUACGCCGUCACGUCGCUGAUCCGGGACCCGGCGCAGGCGGCCGCGAUCGAGAAGCUGGGCGAGGGCCAGCCGGGGAAGCUGAAUGUGCUGGUAAGGAGCUUGGAGGCGGUGAGGAGUGAGAGUGAUGCGAAGAGCGUUCUGGAGGAGGUGCAACCGAGUUGGGUCGUUUGGAGCGCGGGCGCCGGCGGCAAAGGCGGCUCCGACCGUACCUACGCCAUCGACCGCGACGCCGCCAAGCACUUCAUCAAAGCCACGACCUCGACGCCCAGCAUCAGCGCCUUCGUCAUGAUAUCGUACCUAGGCUCGCGGCGCGCCAAGCCGGCCUGGUGGUCCGACGCCGAGUGGGCGCACGCGCAGCACACGAACACGGAGGUGCUGCCGCACUACGCGGAAGCCAAGAUCGCCGCGGACGAGUACCUGGCGGCGAUGGCGGCGAAGCGCGGCCAAGGGUUCCGCGGCAUUUGUCUCCGGCCCGGCAACCUGACGCUCGAGAAGGCGGGAGCCGUUCAGUUGGGCAGGACAAAGGGCAGUGGCGGGAAGGUGUCAAGGGAGGCGGUCGCGCAGACUACCCUCGCGGUUCUGGAGAGUGCGUAUAGGGGCGGGUGGCUGGAUCUGCUGGAUGGGGAGGAGGAGGUGGGGGCGGCGGCGGAGAGGGUCGCGAGGGAGGAUGUCAAUGCUUUUGAGGGCGAGGACUGGGAGCGCAUUCGUAAGCUUGCGGAUUAGUGUCUGACGUCUGUGAGUGCGGUUGCGGCUUGGGGCUGCUG